AUGGAGUUCAGAAGGCUCAUGGAGACACCUGAUGAAAGUUUCGUAUCUUCUGAUGAGGAUAUGGUUCCUGGCAGUCGGCCGUCAACUCCUGGCGUCGAGUGGGGACCGAGAGUGAGUUGUGAUGAUAGUCAAUUUAUUCGCGACUCAUUCGAGGACUGUGAUAUCCCUGAGGUGCGCCGAACUCGCUGCGGUCCUCCCAAUCGUUAUCUUUCCCUCGACCUGCCACCCAUGCACAAGCUGGAAGACAUCUACAAAGAUAUUGCUGAGCGUGCCAUGCGUUUGGGCUUGGGUCGUUUCUUGAAGCACAUCGGAAAACGACCCUUGCGAGUUGCCACAGCUUGCUCCGGCACCGAAAGUCCUAUUCUUGCUCUGGAAAUGCUUCGAAAGGCUUUGGGCAGUGAGUCUGCUUUUGAAAUGUCUCAUGUCUUCAGCUGUGAGAUUGUUCCAUUUAAGCAAGCGUUUAUCGAGCGCAACUUACAGCCACCGAUCCUUUUCCGUGAUCUGUUGGAACUCGGAAACGACGAAGCUCAUACGGCCUACGGAGCGUUGGUUCCUGUCCCUGGUGAUAUUGAUAUCCUGAUCGCCGGAACUGCAUGCGUUGAUUUCUCAGCCUUGAAUCAUCGGCGCAAGCUGCUGAGUCAGGAGGGUGAGUCGAGCAGCACUUUCAAUGCGUUGUUGCGUUACGCACAAAAAUAUCGGCCUGCAAUUGUCAUCAUGGAGAAUGUCAAGUCAGCUCCCUGGAAAGACUUCAUCGACAUCUGGGACGAGAUCGGCUAUGAUGCCACAUACACUUUCGUAGACACCAAGUCCUACUACCUGCCCCAUACUCGCAUGAGAGGAUACUUGGUCGCAGUCGAUAAGCACCGCAAGACGGAGCGGCUACCGGGAGACAACUUUGUGGACUCACGUCCACUGUCUAAGCGCUUUGGAAAGAGCAUGACUCAAUUCGCUCGCAAGGCAAGCUCUCCUGUUGGCAAAUUCUUACUGCCCGAUCAUGAUCGCCGCAUCGAGCAAAUCCGCAAUGAUCUUACCACCCGUCUUGACGCCAGUACGAGAUCGGAGUCCAGUUGGGAAAGAUACAAGAUUCGACAUGCAGAGUUUCGGGCAGACCAUGGACUAGGUGACCAACGGCCUAUUUCCCGGUCUCUGCCGGGGGGCUUGGGAUUAAGCCCGCCGGAUUUCUACUGGCACUCUUGGAUGAAAGCACAGCCCGAACGUGUGAUUGAGACUGUGGACAUGAAGUUCCUCUAUUGCUUGACGAAGGAUAUUGAUUCCAACUUCAAAGAACGUUGCAUCGACCUGUCGCAAGGCGUCGAUCGUGGCACAGAGGGUAUUUCGUCCUCUGGAGUCGUUGGCUGCCUCACACCAUGUGGUAUGCCCUUUGUGACCUCAAGAGGAGGCCCUAUCUCUGGUCUUGAGGCGCUCUCGCUGCAAGGACUUCCACUGGAUCGAAUCAUCUUGACAAGCGAGUCACAGAGAGACCUGCAGGAUUUGGCGGGAAAUGCCAUGACAUCGACGACUGUUUGCGCUGCCAUUUGCUCCGCUCUCAUCGGAUCAUACCCCAAGCUAAAGAAGGAGAUGGAUGUGCCACUGAAUGCGCGUGCUACUGCCAAAGAAAAGUCAGCUCGGAUCGCGAUUCUCGGGGACAUCGACAGCAAUCUUGGUCCAAUGUUCACCACGGACUCAUCGCAGUUCUUGAAGCCAGACUCCACGCUGUUGCGACGCGCAAUGCAGAGUACUCAAUUCUGCUCUUGCGAAGGCCAGUCAAUGGUCAAGGAUCUGAAGCUUCUGAGAAUCUGCUCCCAUUGUCAACAUCGUGCGUGUGAGUCCUGUGCGGGUAAUCCAACGCAUGCCUAUCGCGCUCUAAAUGACAAUGAUAUCCCGAGAGAUUCAGCCGUGGAUUUCAUCGCCUUUCUCAAGAGUUCUCUGCCAAUGAGACUCAAACUGUCUGGUCUUGCCGCCGAAAUCUUCAGCGAGUUCUCGGACACAUUCCCCGCUCCGCCGGUUCCAUCAAGUGCAGUGAAUUCAAAACACUCAAGAACUCAAACACCGGGAACUUCGACAAGCAGUAACACAGACGGGAGCGACAGUGAGAGUGAAGAGGAAUCCCUUGACCCAGAGACAACAUAUGAUGGCCUCAUUGGGGCUAUCCGCCUUGCUCUUUCCGAAGACGUCCAAUUCUUCGAUAUUGAGCGAUCCCACAUUUGGACUGUCAUUUAUGAAGGUGAACAUUCCAGCAUGCGAUUGGAGAUCGGGCCCAGUGGACUCCAGUGGCUUUAUUACGUCAAACCUUCGCCGCAGUUGCCAGCGCGCUGUCUGCUGAGAGAAAUCUUCGGUAAGCCAAUUGCUCGGCUCCUACCACAGAUCGGAACCCUCCUUGACGGAGAGUGGGCAAUUUCUGCUCCUUUGAGUAUGCCAUUUAGCCUGAUGAUUUCUGGCAUGGGAGAGCAGAUCCCAGCCUUUCCAGCAGCGGUGGGCAUCGUCAAAGAACCUUUUAGCCAGAUGAAAGUAUGGACCCAAAUCAAGGUCGAUGGUAUCAUUGAUGACAACGUACUUGACUGCGAUGUUCACGGCAUCUACGACGCUCUCCCGGAGUGCGGGACGGCAAUGGCAUCACUGUACAAGAAGAAAAAUGACAACCUCUACCUCUUCCUGGACACCAACAAGAUCAGCGCCCCAGAUCAAGAUGUCUGCGUAUUCGCAUUCGACCAUAGUCGCCUUAGCGGUUAUGACCAGCGCAUCACAGUUGCCGAAUUGUCACCCAAAUGGCGCGCAACAAGGGUGACAAGUGAGCCGGAAGAAGUUAAGGCAUUUAAUCGGCGUUGGUACAGAGCUCCAGGCAAUGUGACACUGAAACCAUCGAUGACGUCCACAGUGGCCUACCGAACUAUUCAGUCAGAUGCCUCCGUCAGGCUUGCAGGAAACAACUGCCACCUGUCAUACACCCCACUGAUCUCGCUCACUGGGCCCGACUGCUAUUUGAAGCUCCAUUGGCAGGCACCGGUGUCGACAGAUGCAUCAGAAACACUUCCCUCUUCUUGGGAAGUGAUAGCCCUGGAAAAUUCAGAGUUUGAUCAUCGGAGUAUGGCUUGGGCGGUGCAGAAUGUCGCCAGUCAAACAGAUGUGCCGUGGAACCGGGUCCCCAUCAGCAAAGAAACACUGCCUGACAACGGUACUCUUUGCCAGACCUGCGAUCCUCCAACGCCUAGCAUUAUCUGGGGACGGGACAAACAAGGAAAAGUAACCCCAUACGAGGAUCCACAAGGCGCGGCAGCAUACGAGCGUGCAGCCAAGUCCAAGCCGGCCCCAUUCAUUUUACUGCAGCGAAACACAAGCAUUGGAAUGACCGAAUUAUGCUUUGCUUUGAACAUCCAAUCACUGGCGCACAGAGCUUUCGGACGCCUUGUCAAUCGUGUGAACUCAAGAUCUAUCGCAUUCUAUUGGCGACUGGUUGGCAACACCAAUGACUGGGGACGAACCAGUCACCCGAAAUUUACCCUACUUGACAACAGUGGCGACGAGGAACAUGCGCAGCCGCCAAACUUCCGGGUUUGGUUGCGGAGAGAUCAGCGUCGAUCUCUAUCCUGGAUGGUCAAGCGAGAGGCAGACAAAAUCAGCCCAUUCUGGGAGCAGGAGACCGAAGAAGCGCUUCUGCCUUUGAUGUCGUGGCGAGCCGAAGUAAGGGUCAUGAUGCCCAGAUUCGUCAGAGGCGGCGUCCUAUGCGAUGAGGUUGGCUAUGGCAAAACCGCGACCAUUCUCGGAUUAAUCGAUGUCCAGCACGAGGUUGAUGUGGCUCGCUCUUACCACAACUCUGUUGAUUCCGGGCUCAUUUCAAUCAAGGCCACUCUCCUUGUCGUCCCUGCCAAUGUUUACAAGCAGUGGGGAGGUGAGAUCACCAAGUUCCUCGGCAACAAGUACAAGGUUCAGCGCCUCGAUUCUCCGAAGUCAAUCAGCAGUGCCUCAGUGAGACAAAUGCGCGAAGCUGAUAUCAUUCUCAUCCCUUGGCCGGUCUUCAACAACGUCACAUAUUAUCAGAAUAUGCGGUACUUCACAGGCACACCAAAAGUACCCUCCAGUGCGGGUCGCGAUUUUGACAGCUGGUUCAAUGAUGCCAGCCAAUGCCUUCGUCAGAUGGUGCGAAUCUUGCAAGAACAAGGGCCCGAAGAGUAUUUGAGCAACUUGUGGGCUCGGAGAUUCGAGUUGCGACGCACCCAAGCAACUUCCACCUACGUGCCGUCUCGUCGCCUCCGGGGCGCUGCCUUUGUCCGCAAUCUGGAAAGGCAAGGCGCGACCGCCACAACACAAGCGGGCCCUGAGAAGUACUCCAUUGCUAGGAGCUCAAGGAUUUCUCAAGGCUCUUUUAGCGCGAUUUUCCGGCAGCCGAUCUCUCCUGACGAUCGCUACUCGUCUGAUGAAGCUUUGGACGAAGAGCCUGAUUGUCCCGGCGAAGUAGACGACCAAGAGCAGGAUGGUCGAAAAGGAAAACGCAAGAUAGCCAAGCAGAAGAAGAUCAAGCAACCACCAAAGGCUCGCGUCAAGAAAGCAACUGCUUGGAGCGAUGAUCGAAAGAUGUUCAAUAUCCCAGCUCCACAUGCCAAUUGCAUUCCCUCAAUGGAAGACAUGACAGGGCUCCCACUUCACGCAUUCCACUUCAACAGGGUCGUGCUCGACGAGUAUACUUACUCUCGCGAUGAGCGCAUUGAGCCCAUUCUCUCACUUGGCGCCCGUUCGAAGUGGAUUCUCUCUGGAACACCCGCGCUCGAUGAGUUCACCGACAUCAAGGACAUCGCAGCUCACCUGGGCGUUCACCUCGGUAUUGACAAUGACGGCGAUCAGCCCACGUCCAACUCACGGUUGAAGACGACUCGUCGAAAGCUGACUGCACGAGAGGCCUUUGAAAUGCAUGAGCCUCCUCGUAGCAUGGCUUGGUACGAGAAACGACGUAAGCUGGCGCAGGGCUUCUUGGAUCAAUUUGCUCGUCAGAAUACCACAGAUGUGAGCGAACUAUCGAUGGCAUGCCACCUGAUUGUCAACGAUAUCCCAGAGCCAGAGUCCAAGCUCUACCGCGCGCUCUAUGAUCACUUGCAUCAAACGCAAGGUAUCAUUUGCAAGAUUCCCGGCUCAACUCUCGGUGCAACUGAGACGGCGAUCAACGCGGUUCUGACAAAGAGCAAGUCGCCUGACGAGGCCCUUCUGAAAAGCCUCCUCGCAGACGACAUCUUGGACCAUGCGUUGAGCGAGCGGAGUUGCGAAAAGGGCUUUAAUGCCUCAACAAGGGCAUCCAUCGAGACCUGGAAGAAGCUGGAGGUGGUCAUCAAGAUGACUCUGCUUUCAAUAAUUGGGCAGAAUGACCACGUCAGUGAAGGCCACUUCAACAUGUUCGUCAAUUUGAGUGCAGAUCCUCAUACGCAACGAGACGUCGCCCGGUUCGUCGAGAAAGUGGGAGACCAUCUGACCGGCACGAUGGUCAACGACGCCCUGGACAGAAUCUUGUCCAAUUUCCAGGAGUGGAUCGCCGGCCCGGAGGGCGAAGAGCUCAGGGCGAAGCUGGAAGACAAAAUGGGCAACAUCAGGCCUACCGAGAAGCAAGAGGCCCAGUUGCGACGAUCGUUUGGUCUGCAGCCUGCUUCCGCCAGCCCGGGCACCGUCACGGACGACAAUGAGUACCUGGAACAGCUCAGGUUCUGGCAGGCCAAACGCGUCCUCAAGAUUCUUCUCAGCGACGCGUGGAAAUUGGUGCAAAGGCUCGUCGAGAGCAACCGAGACGUCCGCUUCUGGGAGUGUGUUCGAGAGAUUCGGGGCGAGCACGGCCGUCACUGUGACCGCUGUUUCACAGUCUCUCUGGCGAGGGAGGAACUGACAAUCCUUCGCAAAUGUGGGCACUGCCUUUGCCCAGGAUGCCUUGCGCUCGUCAAUGAGCCGGCGAAUAGCUCGCCCGCGUGUGUUGUCCCCAUGUGCCGCGCCGCAGCUGGUCAGGCGUCCCAAGUCAGUGGACGUUCCGUUGAUGACACUCGCGCUGUUCACGAGAACAGCAAGCUCGCGAGUAUGGUCGACAUCAUCCGUGCCGUCCCGGACGAUGAGAAGGUCGUGCUCUUUGUCCAGUUUGAAGAUGCCAUGGCCCAGGCGUCUCGUGCCCUAACUGCUGCGGGCAUCCAACACUGCGUGGGCCGUUCUGCGAAGGUGAACGGGUUCACAGACUUUUUGAAUCCCAGGACAAUACCCGUCUCGCAGCAGGGCCCUGGGCAAGCCGAGAUCACCAGACCGGACGCGGGUGGCCAGAAUAAGAGGAAGCGAGGAGGCAAGACGGCCGUGAUGGGCAACAAAACCGCCGGUCCAAAGGUGCUGAUCUUGCGCCUGGGUAGCGUGAUGGCAGCAGGCCUGAAUCUGCAAGUUGCCAACCACGUCCUCUUCCUUUCUCCGCUGCUGGCUCCCACGCAGCACGAUUACGAUGCCAGCAUGACCCAGGCCAUUGGGCGCUGCCGCCGCUUUGGACAGCAACGGACUGUCCACGUCUACCACCUCCUGGCGCGAGGAACUGUCGAAGUCAACAUCUUCGAACAGAGAACCGCCAGCGCCGUCGUGGUGCGUGGCUCCCAGGUCCUGCAGGUCCAGCCAUCCGAGGUUCAACCCUUUGACGGGAUGUGCAGCGGUCAGACUCCGGACUUUUGA